UUUGAACAGACAUUUUCAGCUUUCCAGUAUCAGUAAUCCUUACAAACAGAGUUCUCAGCAGGGCACUUAAACAUAUGACUAACUUGAAAUGUAUAAAUAUUCUCUCUAGAGCAAAUAUGCAGUGAGUAUAAAUUGCCAUAUCUCCUUUAGAGUCCAGGGAACCAUUGCACUUUACAUCAACAGAGUUUACGCUCCUACAGCUUUAAUGAAACCACUCACAUUCAGCAUCCGUAUACUAAAGUAUCUUACAAAAUUGAGGUCUGAAUAAAGUCUGCAUAGGGACCAAUUGGCGUGUGCUGCUCUGCCUAUGUAGGAAGGCAUAGGCAUGCAUUAGACACUUCAGGUCAGAAUCAAGGACCAAAAAGUGGUGUGACAGCAGUAGUCUCAAGUGAUUUAAAUAAUACAGCACAAGACAGAAAAAAAUAUGUCUUGAAGCCACCAAUCUUGUUCAGUUUCAUACGAAGAACUUGCCACGCUUUCUGAACAUAAUUCUGCUGUCUGUCAUAGCUUUACUUACUGCAAAAUCAGUUAUAAGAAGAAAGUGGCAGAUUGGGAAAUUAUGACCUGAUGAUUAGUGGGUGUAUGCAGUAUGCAUUGGUGGUAUGACAGACUAUGGAUGUCCCGUGAUCAAAGUCAAAACACAACCAAGUACUUCUCUGAGGUACUGUGUGGAUAGCCACAUUUGGAUCUCUCAGUUUGUAGGUGUCUUGGGCAAAGGAACUUAAAAAGCAUUUCUCAGUUAAAGUGAUUAAAGUUAUUGUAUUAAGAGCACAUGCUCAGGCACCGGCACUAUUUCUCAUUUUGGAACAUAAGCUAACUUGCUGCUUCUUUCUCAGGUGAUUUGGUUUCUGCCACACUGGAGAUAUCGAUAACAUCACAAAUGGACCUGCCUGAAGAGAUUCAGCAUCCACAUGCAAAAUUUUCGGAGUGGAAAUUUAAGCUGUUUAAAGUGAGACCAUUUCAAAAAGCACCUUCUGAUAAAAACCAAUGCAUAAGCAAGAAUCAAGAACAAGAAGUAGCUUCUACAGACAAAAACAACAUACUGCAUAAAGAUGAAGAAGUUCCAAGAGGAGAAAAGGUAAUUCUGACACAGAUGGACUUCAUGGGCAGUAUGCAGGCACGUGAGAAAGAUGUCAACGACAUGCAAAUACAAGACAAUGCAGCUCACCAGAACAACCUAAAGCAUCUUUGCCGCAUCUGUGGAGCUUCGUUUAAAACUGAUUGCUACAAGAGAACUCAUCCAGUCCAUGGACCAGUAGAUGAUGAAACUCUGUGGCUUCUGAGAAAGAAAGAGAAAAAAGCAACCUCUUGGCCAGAUCUUAUUGCAAAAGUUUUUAAGAUUGAUGUGAGAGGGGAUGUUGACACUAUCCAUCCCACUCGAUUUUGUCACAACUGCUGGAGCAUUAUCCACAGGAAAUUCAGUAAUACUCCCUGUGAAGUUUAUUUUCCUAGGAACAGCACAAUGGAGUGGCAGCCUCACUCUGCAAACUGCAAAGUGUGCCACACGCCCAGUCGGGGAUUCAAGAGAAAAAGCCAACCACCCAAUGGACAGCAUGGCAAGCGUGUGAAGAUCACUGCAGAACGUGCUCGAGUUGACAGAGGCAUGAAGAACCAAGCGCUGAUAAAUAACAAAAAUGUAAUGAAAGAGAUUACCAACUGCAAGAACAGACAUCUCAGCACCAAGCUGCUUGCAGUUGAUUAUCCAGCAGAUUUCAUUAAAUCCAUCUCUUGCCAGAUCUGUGAGCAUAUUUUGGCAGACCCAGUGGAAACAACAUGUAGACACUUGUUUUGCAGAACUUGCAUUCUCAGUUGUAUCAAAGUCAUGGACAGCUAUUGCCCCUCCUGCUGGUAUCCUUGCUUCCCUACUGAUCUGGUAACCCCUGUGAAAUCUUUCCUGAACAUCCUUGAUAGCCUGAGCAUAAGAUGCCCUGUACCAGAAUGUGAUGAAGAGAUCUCACACGGAAAAUAUGGUCAACACUUCUCUAACCACAGGGAGAUGAAAGACAAAUUGCUCUAUAACCCUGUAAAUAAAGGUGGCCGACCAAGGCUGCAUCUUCUGUCAUUGACCAGAAGAGCUCAGAAACAUCGUCUGAGAGAACUGAAACGUCAAGUCAAGGCUUUUGCUGAGAAAGAAGAGGGUGGUGAUAUAAAGGCUGUAUGCAUGACUUUGUUUCUGCUAGCUUUAAGAGCAAAAAAUGAACACAAGCAAGCAGAUGAAUUGGAGGCUAUAAUGCAAGGCAGAGGAUCUGGUCUUCAUCCUGCUGUUUGCCUGGCAAUCCGAAUCAACACAUUUCUCAGCUGUAGCCAAUAUCACAAAAUGUACCGAACUGUAAAAGCUGUCACUGGGAGGCAAAUCUUCCAGCCACUGCAUGCUCUUCGCACUGCUGAGAAAGCCCUCUUACCAGGUUAUCAUCCUUUUGAAUGGAAACCUCCCUUGAAAAAUGUAUCCACUAACACAGAAGUGGGAAUUAUAGAUGGACUAUCAGGACUACCCCUCUCGAUUGACGACUACCCAAUAGACACAAUUGCAAAAAGAUUUCGAUAUGAUACAGCCUUGGUUUCUGCUUUAAAGGACAUGGAGGAAGAAAUCUUGGAGGGCAUGAAGGCAAAAAACCUGGAUGACUAUUUGAAUGGUCCCUUCAAUGUGGUAGUAAAAGAGUGCUGUGACGGAAUGGGAGAUGUCAGUGAGAAGCAUGGAAGUGGUCCUGCUGUCCCAGAGAAGGCUGUACGCUUUUCAUUUACAGUCAUGAACAUUGCUAUAGACCAUGGGAAUGAAAGGAUAAGGAUCUUUGAAGAAGUAAAGCCCAAUUCAGAGUUGUGUUGCAAACCCUUGUGCCUUAUGCUGGCUGAUGAAUCAGACCAUGAAACUCUGACAGCAAUCCUGAGCCCUCUCAUAGCAGAAAGAGAGGCUAUGAAGAACAGCGAACUGCUUCUUGAAAUGGGAGGCAUUCUGAGAACAUUCAAAUUCAUUUUUCGAGGUACAGGCUAUGAUGAGAAACUUGUAAGGGAAGUGGAAGGGCUGGAGGCCUCAGGUUCCACUUAUAUCUGUACCCUCUGUGAUGCGACCCGUCUGGAGGCCUCCCAGAAUUUGGUCUUCCACUCUAUCACCAGAAGCCAUGCUGAAAAUCUGGAGCGAUAUGAAAUAUGGAGGUCCAACCCAUAUCACGAAUCUGUUGAUGAGCUCCGUGACAGAGUAAAGGGUGUUUCGGCCAAACCUUUUAUAGAGACUGUUCCUUCCAUAGAUGCAUUGCACUGUGACAUUGGCAACGCAACAGAAUUUUACAGGAUUUUCCAGAUGGAGAUUGGUGAAGUCUAUAAGAAUCCUGAUGCAUCUAAAGAGGAGAGGAAGAGGUGGCAGUUGACUCUUGACAAACAUCUCAGGAAGAAGAUGAAAUUAAAACCUAUGAUGAGGAUGAGUGGGAACUUUGCCAGAAAGCUUAUGUCCAAAGAGACAGUAGAGGCAGUAUGUGAAUUAAUAAAGUGUGAGGAAAGGCAUGAAGCCCUAAAAGAACUAAUGGACCUUUAUCUGAAAAUGAAACCAGUAUGGCGAUCUUCAUGCCCUGCCAAAGAGUGUCCAGAAUUGCUGUGCCAGUACAGCUACAAUUCACAGCGUUUUGCAGAGCUUCUGUCUACAAAGUUUAAAUAUAGAUAUGAGGGCAAGAUUACCAAUUACUUCCACAAAACCCUUGCUCAUGUACCUGAAAUCAUUGAAAGAGAUGGGUCCAUUGGUGCUUGGGCAAGUGAGGGAAAUGAGUCUGGGAACAAACUGUUUAGGAGGUUCCGAAAAAUGAAUGCCAGGCAGUCCAAAUUCUAUGAAAUGGAGGAUGUCUUAAAGCAUCACUGGCUAUAUACCUCUAAGUACCUCCAGAAGUUCAUGAAUGCUCAUAAAAUGUUAAAAAGCCAAGGCUUUGUGAUUGAUCCAGAUGAUGGAUUAGGUGAUUCUUUGCCACCAGAAAUCUCUUUGGAAAGCAAUGAUUCAGUGGAACUCUAAAUGUAAAAUACAUUUGGUGUUGGGUUUGUGAUAGUCUUUCUGAGUGGAGAUAGCUUCCUUUUCAGGCCUGUAGAGGUACAGGGAAGGCUGAAGCUUUCAUUUUAAUACUCCCUUUUAAAGGUGCUGAGGGGAGUUUAAUGAAAUGCCUUGUCUGUUGGAAGCUUUGAACAGAAGCAAUGCAGCAAUGGGUUUACCUGUUGUUAUGCAAGAAGGAAGUUGAAACAAAUUGCAGAGAAGGACCAUAAAUUUAUUUUGGUCUCAGAGUGUUGGUUAUAAGUGAGGAAGACAGAGUAAACAAGAUUUUAUAUAGAGCAGUAUUUUGGAAUGAAUAUAAUACUGGAAAGUUAUGACACUGGCUGAAAAACUGAGCAUGGAUAUUUGUUCUGUUUGCAUUUUAUAGGCUAUUUUGCUAUUUACUUUUCAAGAGGAUUUGAUUAUUUUACUGAUGGCUCUUUGGCUUUUAUAAGUCAAGAUUUGGUAGUGAGACAGUUAGGUAAUUGCUUUGGGAUGGACAAAGUUUGGGUAUUUUUACACAAUAUACUGACUAAAGAUACAAACUUUGAUCUCAGACAUUUACAACAUUUAAUGUUUAGGUUGUAGUUCUGCUUAGGAGAAGGUGGUGGUAUCAGCAUGCUAAUUUACUAUAUGAAGAUAAAAGAAAGGUAGCUAUGAUUUUUUUAGGAUAUUUUUAUUGUAGUGCAUUUACUCUAAAAUGUAAACCUGUGCUUGUGCUCCUAAAUUAGCAUUACAGUGUCUUGUGUUUAUCUCACUAUACAAAAUACAUUUAAGCUCUGCUAUGCAGCUUGUUGCUUAAUACAAAUUUCAGAUUUUGAUGCUGACUUCAGUAUGUAGU